UUUGACUUCAGACAAAAAGAAACAGGUAUUUACCAAAACAUGAUCAGCUUGCUGAUUGGUACAAAAACUUGAUCAGCGUACUGAUUGGUGCCAAAACUCGAGGAGAGAGAGAAAGAAGAAGAAGAAAAAGAAGGAAAUGGAGAGGCGAGGGCGUGGGCGUGGUCGAAAUGUUUCUUCUUCCCAAUCCACGCGUGGCCGCUCGAACAUGUUCGUUUCGAAUUCGACCUCCGCCGCAGCCGCUAAAUCCUCGAGCAGAGGCGCAACUGGUACUGAGAAAGCACAGAACGACGCCGUAGAUAACCAUUCCGACGUUCCCGCCAUAGUGGGCACUUGCCUCUUGAUGUGCCCGGAAGGAGAGAGGGCGCAGCGUGAGCGGCUUCGUGAUUUAGCAGUGUUUGAGAGGCUGCAUGGAAAUCCAAGACAAUCAUCUCCGGAUCUCGCUGUUAAAAAAUUUUUCAGAACUACGUCUAACAAACAAGUUGAAGCAUCGGAUGUUCGGCCGCUCCCUGUGUUGGAAGACACCUUAAAUUACCUUUUAAACUUGUUUGAUUCUAGAGAAUAUCCUUUUGAAGUGGUUCAUGACUUCCUCUUUGAUCGAACAAGGUCGAUAAGACAGGAUCUUAGCAUGCAGAAUGUUGUCAACGAUAAAGUCAUCCACAUGUAUGAGAAAAUGGUCAAGUUUCAUAUCAUAUCCCUUCGCAAGCUUCAAGGUUGUCGCAGUCAAAAUACUUCUUCAACCCAUUACCUCAACAUGGAACAGCUUGCAAAGACCUUGACAUCUCUAUUUGAUCUGUAUGAAGCACAUAGGCAUUCCAAUUCUACAUAUGAAAACGAAGCUGAGUUUUGUUCGUUUUAUGUGCUGCUUCAUCUUGGUCCUAACAGCCAACCGAUGGGAGAGUCCCUUUCAUGGUGGUUUUCUCACUUGCCUUCCUUGUUAAUCAAAUCGAAGGAAAUGUGCUUUUCUCGAAAGAUUUUACGAUUUUUCCGGAUGGGCAACUAUAAGCGUUUCUUAAGCACUAUAGCAGCUGAGGCAUCUUAUCUUCAAUACUGCAUUCUCGAGCCUUAUAUCAAUCAGGUUCGAGCGCUUGCUGUCUCGUGUAUAAAUAAUGGUGGAUACAAGCUUCAUCCGUAUCCGCUGGCACACUUGUCUAAGCUCUUGAUGAUGACGGAAUCAGAUUUGGAGUCUCUUUGUAGAGCUUGUGGUCUUGAUAUUUGCACAGAUGAAGAUGGAUAUAGUUUGUUACCGACUAAGCAAACCACCUUUUGUCAUCCAAAGGAUGGAUUUCAAAGCUACAGAGUUUUGGGUCUGGAAGAAUUCGAGAGGUAAUAAGUGCACGCGGUUCGUACUGCGUUCAACGGUCCCUUGAUCAAUAUAAGAAAAAUCAUGCCUCUCAACCAAAGUAUAAAAGAUCUCUUUGGUAUGGUUGAGUCAUACUCUCGAAACAUGUUUGUUCCCCGGUUUGGUCUUUUAUGUUUCCAAAAGACAUUAGCAUGGUGCACUGAGGAUUCAUCUUGACCGCGAGUUCAGCCUUUUAUAAAGAAACGUUGUAAUAUUCUUUCAUCUGUCGUGUAUCAACCGCACACAGACAUGUACAUAUAUUGGUGUUGCAAGGUGGAUGAAGGCUUGUCUGACGUUUAGAAGAAGAAAAAGAUAUGCACCGAGGGACCUGGGAGUGUUUCUUGGAAAUUAGAAUGGUGACAAGAAUGUAGACUUUUGGAAAGGUCGGGGUGAUUUGAUUCGAGUAUUCGAGAAGGGGAAGACACUGGGAUUUGAUUAAUUUCGUUGCAUAUUGUAUUGUUUUACUGUCAUCUGCUACGUGCUAUCCCAAAUGACACAUGAAAUAAAGGUGUUGACCAAAACUGUACUGUAUGAUAUAAAUUGACAUUUGAAAGAUAACGCAUAACGUUAUGCAUA